AUGGUUGAAUCAUGUAUAUGGAAAGAUUUAAAAUGUUAAAUUGAAUUGAUUCCAUAAAAAUGUGAAGGUUUAAAUAAAUUUGGAUGCUUAAAUUUCUAAUAAUUAACUUGUGUUUGGUCUGAUACUUUAUUAAAAUGUGAAUUAGCUAAAUUCCUUGAUAAACCAGAAAGUUGUAUUUAAUUCUUAAUUAAUUAAUCUGAAAUAUCACAUAUGAAUGCUUAAACUUGUACUUAAAUUAAUGUUAAUAAAAGUUGUAUAUUAGCAUAAACCUAUAAGUGUAGAGAAAUAUAAGAACCAUAACUUUAUCAAUGUGAAACUUAAGGAUUAAAUUAUAAUGCUUGUCUAUUAAAAACUAAAAAUUCUUGUGCUUUUAAAAAUUAUAAAUGUAUAACAAUCUAAAAUGUCAAUGAAGGUUGUAAAGAUUAUUUAAAUGAAGUAGCUUGCUUGAUGUAGAAUGCAAUCUGCAAAUUUAAUAAAGAGGUAUGCUCAGAUUUUAAAUUUAAUUCUAUUUAUGAUAUUAUUGAUAAUAAAUUUGCACCUUAUUCAAUAAAGGUUUGCUUAAUUUUUAAUGAGGAAAUAGGUUUAAUUUAUAGUGUCAUUUAGAAGAGAUGUUUAAAAGUUGAUAACUUAAAUAGAAUCUUGACUGACUGCACUCAAUUUGGAAUUAACAAAUACACAUGCUUAAACAAAGUAGAAUCUUUUUGUGAAUUUAAGGAUAAUAAAUGUUAGCAUAUUAACCCUUCAGAUAUUACACUUUGUUUAAAUACAUUAAACUAAUUUGCAUGUACUUAAUCAAGUAAUGUAUUAUGUAAAUUUUAAAAUAAUUAAUGUAAUGUAUUUAGUGAGACAAAUGAUUUUAAUUGUGCCUUAUAAUAGUCUAAAUAGCUGAGUAAUCCAAAAAUAUGUUAUGCAGAUUAAAAAAAUCCAUGUUUCUUUAAUGGUAAAACAAGAUAAUGUCAAUUAGUUGAAGAAAAAUCAAUUCAAAUAGAAUGUAAUGGAUUAAACAGGAAAGCUUGUAUUUUUAAUUCAUAAGAAUUGGUUUGUCUAUAUAAUGAAACUGAUAAGAAAUGUGAAGGUUCAUAUGGAUAUUCAAAAUGCAGCGAUUUGGUAAAUAAAAAUAAAUGUUUAUCUAUCAUUACGAAAGGACAAAGUUGUUAAUUUAAUGACACUGAAGGUUGUCAAUAUCUUGAUAAAUCAGUAGAUAUUUUUAAAUGUGAAAAGUAAAUUUAAACAAAUCCUUAUACUUGUUCCUAAAGUUUGGAUGUUCCUUGCUUUUAUGAUAAACAAACAAAAAUGUGUAUUUAAUAUAAAACUUUAGAAAAUCUUAAUAGUAUUAAUAAUUCAUCUAUUAUUUCAAACUACUAAUUAUCUAACAUUGAUUCUUUUAACAAACAAACUUGUGAGUAAUUUUAAAAAGAAAUAUUUUUACAAGACUCUCAACUAAUUUAUAAAGAUGUUCUUAUUUUUUGGAAGGAAUCUUGCAUUUAAAUUCAAAGUGCAUAAUUAUUCUAAUUAUAAUGCGAUUAAAAUCUAAAUUUGAAUGCAUGCAUUAAUAUUAAAACUCAAUUUUAAUAUUGCUAAUAUAUAAAUAAUAAAUGCAUAAAUGUUGAUUUAAAGGAUUAUAUAAAUACACCAUGCGAGUCUAUCAAAAAUAUAAACUCAGGGGCUAUAUGUGCUUAGACUUUAGAUGUUGCUUGUUAUUUUGAUCCUUUUACUUUUAGUUGCAAAAGUCUUAAAAUUGAUUCUUCAGAUAUUCAAUAAAUUCAGUGUGUUGAUAAAAAUCCUGAAUAAAAAGGGUAUAACAAGUAGGCUUGUAGUCUAGAUUAAAAUAAUUGUAUAUUUAAGGAACAAUGUUAUAAAAUUAAUAAGACCAUUAUACAAUUUUGUGAGGAUGCGACAGAUAUAAUUUAAUGUUAAAAAGUAUAAAGAGAAGGAUGUUAGUUUUAAUAAAAUAGAUGUAUUAAGAUUUAAUUUUCUGAUUAUUACUCACUUCCAUGUGAAUUAGCUAUUAACAGAUAAGGAUGUAUCAAUAUUUAAACGAAGGGAUUGUACUGUUAAUAUUUAGAAGAAAAAUGUAUGUCUCGCGAUUUAAUGGAUAUAAGAUAAAUUGAAUGUCUCGAAGUCAAAAAUAUUAAUCACUAUUCUUUUUGUGAAUAUCCUCAAGAUGAAGGUUGCGUUUAUGAUUUCUAAUCUUAAUCAUGUUAAAUUGUAUCUUCAAUGGAAGAUCUUAUAUGUUAAAGAGGAAUAAAUAGAAUAGCAUGUUUAAAAUAAACAAAUAGCUAAUUAAAUUGCUAAUUUAUAGAUUAUUGUUAUGAUCCUAAUUAUGGGAUCUAAAAGUGUACUAAUCCAAAUAAAAGUUUAUGUUGUAGAGAGGCAGGCUCAAUAGAAAAUUGCUUAAAUUAACAGCUAUAUAAAUGUUAAUGGAAUAAUAAUGAAUGUUAAAAUUAUUUAGAUAGUUAAAAUUCUAGAUGUGAUGAUAUCAAAUUCUCAAGUUUACUUACUUGUAUUUCUAUACAGGAUAAUUUUUGUAUAUAUGAUUCAAUAAAUCAUAUAUGUAAAUCUAUUGAACCUACAUCUUGUGAUUAAUUAUAAUCACCAAGUUAAUGUAGCAGAAUACUGACUUUACCUUGUAUAUGGUACGAAGAGGAACAAUAAUGCAUGUAUCUUGAAACUUAAGAUGAUAAAAAUGGUUAUAUUUCAAUGGGAAGUUCAGCCUAAAUGAAUUGUGAAGAUAUAACAUAUUAAAAUGGAAGUUAAAGAGCUUGUAUGAAUAUUGAAAGAUAAGGGUAAAUGUGUAUAUAUAAAGAUAAUAAAUGUGCAGCUUUUGAAUAAGAUGAAACUUAGAAUAAUUGUUUAGAUAAUAUUAAUAUUAAUUCAUGUUUAUAACAAAAAAUAAGUGAUUGUUAUUGGAAUAUCUAAUUAGUUAAAGUCAAAAAGACUAUUUAAAAUAAUGAAUCAGAAGAAAAAUAUGGAAACUGUAUUAAAUUUGUUUAAUAUGAAUCAAGUGGUUGUGAUUCUAAACUUAGUUACACAUCUUGUCUAAAAAUUAUAAAGGAAGGGAUAAAUUGUAGGUGGAAAAAUUAAUAGUGUUAAACUAUUGAUGAUAAAGAAUUAAUUAUAUUUUAACCUUCAUAUCUAUUUGAGGUCAAUGUAAAUGCUUGUGGUUUAAUAAAUAAUGGAGACAUAGUAAAAUAUGAUAAAAAUAUGAGAUUCUGUAUUAAAGUUGAUGAUGUUUAGACUUUAUCAUGUCAAACAGAAGGAUUAAAUAAAGAAGCUUGUCUUAAUAUUAAAUUUUAAAAUUGUUUUUGGGAUCCUACAAGAAGAAAAUGUAGACAUUAAUAACUUUUAAUAGAUGAAAAAUUAAAUUCUUGUAAAUUAUAAAAUUUGUCUUCUUAUUUAUGUUCAUAACUAAAAUUAGAUUUACCAUGUGGAUUUAUGAAAGAUGGCUGUGAUUUUGUUGAUUUAGACUAAGUAAAAUGUACUUAUGAAGGAUUGAAUAAAUAUGCUUGUCUAAAUAUUAAAAAAUAUCCUUGUAUUUGGUUAAAGAAUUCAAAUAAUGAAAAUUUUCAUUGUGAAGAUUAUUUAUAAUAUCUACCUUGUGAUUAAAUACCAUCAAAUGUUAAUUCAAAAGUUUGCUCUAUUGUUAAAAAUGGUGCUUGUUAUUAUGAUUAAUAAAAUUUGAAAUGUGAAAUUCCCAAUGAGGAUUAAAAAAGUUGCUCAUUGACUGGAUUAAAUAUUAUUGGGUGUGUUAAAAUUGAAAAUUGCUUUUUUGAUUAAAAUUGCUAGUUAUUAAAUAAAUAAUAAUAUAUAUGUGAAGAAUUUCCAAUUGCUAAUAAAUUAAUUUGUAAAAAUGCUGUAGAUUCUUGUAAAUAUAAUGAAUUUUAAUAUGGAUGUUCACAUGCUUUCGACGAAUUUUGUUCUAAUGAUUCACUAAGUGAAUAAGGAUGUUUAAGUUAACCAAACUGUGUACUUUAAGCAUAAAGAUGUCAAUGUAGAAAGUUUGUUGAAAUUUAUGAUUGUACUGAAAUUUAAGAAAUGGAUAAAUGUAAAUUAAAGAGUCAUUGCAAGGUUUAAUAAUAAGAAAAUAAAUAAAGUUUACAAUGCAUACUAAAAUAGUGUUAGGAUUAUUCUUCUGAUGAAUGUGAUGGAAAAUCUAUUCUAAAAUCAAUCUGUUAUUGGAGUAGUUCUAAUGAAUGCUUGUCAGCUUAAAAAUGUGAUGAUAUUGUUAAACCUAUUUUUCAAUGUUCUCAAUACGAAUUUAAUGAUAGACCUUGUUAAAUGAGUAAGAAUUCUGAAAAUUGUGAAUAAUUUAACUGUGAAAAUUUUAGUAAAGAACAAUGUUAAAAAUAUAAACAAUUUUGUAAUUUUGAUUAGACUUGUUAAAAAAAUUAAUGCAAUUAAUAUUUAAUAAUGGAAUCUUGUAUUAUAAAUAACUGUCAUUGGAAUUCAAAAGAAAAUACUUGCUCUGAAUAAAUUCAUUGCUCUAAAAUUUAUGAUGAAAUUGAAUGUAAUAAAUAUAAAUACAAUUCCAGACCUUGCCAAUGGAUAGUUAAUGAAGAUAUUAAGUAUUGUACAUAAUAUAGAUGCAGUGAUUUAGACAAAUCGUAAUAAUGUUCUGGAUCACGUAUUGAAUCAGAAGUUUGUGUUGAAAUAAGUGAUUCUAUUUGUAUAUCUUGUGAAGAGAUUUUUGAUUCUUGUGAUUGUCUAUAAUAGUCAAAAUAUUGUAGUUAUGAUAUAAAAAAAGAUAAAUGCGCUUCUAAGAAUUGUGAAUCUUAUUUAACUAAAGAAGAAUGCCCUAUAAAUUAUUGCACAUUUAUUGAAUAGGUAAAUUAAAUUAAUAUUCUUAGAAAUGUUAAAUAUAAUGUUAAUUUAGAUAUAAUUAUGAUUCAUGUAAUGAUAUGAAUUAUUAAUGUGAAUGGAGAGAGGAAAAUCAAAAAUGUUAACCAAAGUGUGAAUAUAUAUUUGAUGAAGAAAUGUGUAGUUAAGUAGAUUAAUGCUCUUGGAAUUACUAAGAAGAUAAAUGCUAAAACAAUGAACCUAUUAUAAUUCUUAAUCCUUUGGGUUACGGAGAAAUUAUCAUCACAGGCCUAAUAACUUUAUGCAUAUCCUUAAUGUGA